AUCAGAAUGGCAUUGAUGUAGUGCACAAGUACCUGCAGACAACAGUAAACAGACAGAAAGAUGAGUGCCAAGCCAGCUCCAAAGAAGAGGGAAGGAAACGAGCCUUUUGAACUCGAACAACAAUACAUACUGAGAUUACCACCAGGGCCAGCGAUUGCUCUACGACGGGAUGUACAAUCUGGGUCUAUGACUCUGAAGGACAAGCUUGGUAUCGAGUUGCAGAACGAUAUGAGGACGUGUCGUGUCCGAUAUGGAGGAGAUAUUUUUAACGCCAAGCUUGUUGACUUACCUUCCAUUGUUGAGUCUUUGAAGACUGUGGACAAGAAGACCUUCUACAAAACUGCUGAUAUUUGUCAGAUGAUGAUCUGUACUACGUAUGUAGAUGAGAAAACGCCGCAGGAAGAGGAAAGUCCAAAGAAGAAGGACAAGGAUAAGAAAUAUGCCUGGAACCAUGGCAUUACACCACCUCUCAAGAAUGUGAAGAAAAGAAGAUUCCGGAAGACCUUGAGGAAAAAGCACAUAGACCAGCCUGAGACGGAGAAAGAAGUUAAGCGGUUGUUCCGCUACGAUGCCGAAGCCAUCGACGUCCAGUGGGAGGUGAUCACAGAGGAAGACAAGUCCAAUACCCAAGACAACAACAGUCAAGGUCAAGGCCAGGUUAUAGAGGCGAGCGGCAGUUUCCACAAAGAUGAAUCCCAGAUGAAGAGGAGCGACACAAGCGUGUCCCUAGAUCCUGCAUCAUAUUUUGGUGAGGUGAGCAGUUCCGAGGACGAUGAAGACCGCGACAUCAACAUCAUGGACAGCGGAGAGGAGGAGACCUCACAUGGGCCAUCCACACCGAGGGUGGGCUUUACCAUCGACAGGAUGACCAGCGAGAGCAUGGACGUGGGUGACUCUGACACAAAUGAGUUGAGCAGCAAGCUGACUGAGCUGACACAACAGCUGGCUGAGAUUCAGCUGAAGAAGACAGAUCUAGAAGAACAGCUGGCAAAAACAGACUCACCUGAGGAGAGGGACAAGUUACAGGAGGGGCUGUUGCAGCUGGUGCAGGAGGAGGGACAGAAAGAGAAAGAGUUUGAAAUCCUUUCCUCUAUGUUGAACCAAUGAUGAAUCACUUGAAGACAGCUGAGACAAGACUGAUCCAAGUGCUACGUAUACCUUGGGUGGUGAGGAAAUAUGGGAGAUAACUCUGACAGUGUUCUCUAUAUGUGCUUCAAUAACCCUGGAUGAAGUGAAGAGUGACAUAUUUGGCAAUGGAAGAAGAAGAGCUUGA